AGUAAAUUUCCAUUUCACAUAUUUUAAAAUGGACGAUAUACGAUUCGAAUGGUUCAGGGAGAGAGUCACCAAAUCCUUGGGUCUGUCAAAUGGCGAUUAUUUUGAGAAGUUAUUAAAAGCCCACGAAGAAAUAGAGGAUGAGCUGUACCAUUUUUUAAGCCGGAGUGUUACUCGUUCUGAUGACAUGGAAAAGAAAUUGGUUUAUUUUUAUAGAAUACCCUUCGACAUAAUUACCGAGGAGGAAAUCUUAGUUCCAGAAAUCGUUCAAACACCGGAACCAGAACCUGCAGCCCCUCCCCAAAGCGAAUUUAAAUCAGAAACUGAAAUUCAAUCAGACCAAGGAGAAGAAGAUGAGGAAGAAAUCAGGGAGGAAGAGACAGUUUCCCAAGCAGGAAGACCAGAUUCCGGCAAAAAACGGAAAGGUGUCAAAAAUGCGGAACCUGUAGAACCGCCGCCAAAAUCUCCAGAAAUUGUUUACGUAAGAAAAGUUAUACAAACCGUAAAAGUGGAUUACACAAUUCAAGCUGCAUUUGGCGCCACAUGUGAUAGACUGAGUAAAUGCAAGCAAAUCAUUUACUUUUUAAGAAACACGGCGGAACCUGUCCCAAUGUUUGAUACUUGGGAAGACGCGCUCGCUGAAAUGCCCAGUUACUUUUUGAUAGGCUCCUGCAACUCAAAUUUCCUAACCUCCCUUCAUCUGCUUACAAGAGACGUGUACGUGCCUCUUGUCGAAACCCAAUUCAAGGAACCGGCAUCGUUGAAAAAACGAAAACCGAGGCAAGAUACAGGAGACGUCAAAGCUGAACCGAUUUCAUCUGGCGCACUUGCAACUGAUUUCAAACGACCCUCCGAUUAUCGAAGAUUAUCGUUGUCUAUUCAAAAGUCAAUGCAACAAUCUCAAAAUUCAACCGAACCAAUCGCCGUUGAAAGUAUGGACACGUCUUCUGAGCCUACCCCGACCAAAUCAGAAUUUCUAAACGAUUUAUGGGAUUUUAUUAAAGCUUUAGACUGGACUGUACAGCACGUCCAAGACGAUAUUCAGUUACCAUUAGGCGAAAUACCCGAUUUAUUCAAUCUAGACGAUGAGACAUUCAUUCAAGAAACGUCACGAGUUGAAGCGUUGGAGGACGUUAUAAUGUCGUGGGAGUCACAUAUAAUGAAAGUUAUCGAAACUUCGCUGACUAAGGUGCCAUCCGGAAACGGGCCUAUACCCGAAUACGAUUAUUGGCGAGAACGCGAGGCGGCUUUAAGUAAGCUAGUUGAACAGCUCAAAAAACCAACACUUGUACGAAUACUACAAUUGUUGAAAAUGGCGCAAUCGGAUAUAAGUAAUGGCUUCGAUCAUUAUAAAAACGAAUUGAUGAAAUACUACAUCCAAGCACGGGAUAAUGUUAAAAUUUUAUUUACGGUUUUAAGACAUUUCAAGACUGUAACGUUCAGUGAAGAUUUUAAAAAGGUUAACGAAUGCUUGCCCAGUCUCAUGGACGGAUUGCAUAUGGUGUGGGUAUUAUCUCGGUACUAUUGCACCGAUGAGCAAAUGGUGCCUUUGCUUGAGAGAAUAUCUUGGUGCCUCUGUGAGAAAACUAAAAUUGCGUUAAAUACGGAAACAUUAUUCAGAAAAUCCGUUUCGGAAAUUCGCCAAGAGACAGGAGACGCCAGAGACAUGUUACGCACUUGGUACAUUUGCUACAUGGAUACUAGGAAUAAAAUAGAAAAUUCUGGAAAAGGUCAGCGAUGGGAAUUUAACAGGCACAAGCUCUUCGACAAUACCGAGUUCAUUGCGAGCGUUGCUGAAAAUCUGAAUGAGGUCGCAACAGUAAUGGUACAUUUCAAUAACAUAUUUGGACCGGAGCUAAGGGCGAUUGUUAUCGAUCCGCAAAAAGUUGAUCAAGUAACUAGAAGAGUCGAUAACUUAGUGGUCCCCAUUGAAAAUCUCGAUUUCGACCUGUUCCUGUCGAAAAAUAAAGAAAAUUGGGAGGCCAUCAUGAACGACUUUUAUAAAGAAGUCAGAAUUUUAGAAAGGGAAGCGGUAACGUUUAUUAAUCAAAGCUUCAAGAUGUUAAGAUUGGCCGAAAAAGCCUUACACGUGCUAAUUAAGUUUGUCCGUAUGGAAACGCGACAAGUCAUAAAGGACUUACUGUUGACGAAAUUCGACGUUAUCAUGGAACAAUUUAUACAAGAGAUCGUUAUGGUGGAAGAUCUAUUUAUGAGAAAUAGACGUCAUCCUCUCUUGUGCAGGGAUAUGCCACCCCACGUUGGUGCCAUGUUUUGGGCGCGACUGUUGUUUAUGAGGCUGAAGCAGCCCGUGCUCAAAUUCCAAACUGUACAGGAACUAAAUGACUCGACUUUGAAAAAGGAAGCGUUCCAGUACUACUUGAAAGUAGCGAAACUUAUUAAAAACUACGAAAAGAAUAAGUAUGAACAGUGGUGCAAUGAUGUCAUGCCUAUCAUUACUUCAUCAAUGAAGAUGAAUAUUCUAAAAAUUUCUAACCAAUUGUUCCGGAAAAGAAAACCACUCAAGUUGGGUGCUACUAGAGGAGUGAAAUGGUUGACCAGUAUAAAACCACCGGUAAAUUUGGCGGACAAGUUAAGUAAAGAGAAGAGGCAAACUUGGAUCGAACUGAUGGGCGACUUUGUUAUGUCGGAGCACACUCUGCAUUUUUCUGAAAAUUUCAAUUUGAAACUUUUCGAUGCAAUUACUGGCGCUGGGCUGAUGGAGGUUCUCAACUACCCUCUUCCUCAGGAAGUUAGCUUAGUCACCAUUCAGAAGGAACGUUUGCAUAAUGAUAUGGUGGCCGUCAAAGAAUUUAUACAUGACUAUAACACAAUUAUUCAAAACUUGUCUAUAUCGCAGUUGCAGUUUUUACGAAACCAUAUACGAGAAGCGGAAAUAAACAUCCAGCCUGGAAUUUCAAGAAUCAUCUGGACUUCUUUGGGAAUUCAAGAUUACGUAGCCAGCUGCCGGCUAAUUAUAAAAACCUUGUCAUCGUUAGUUCAACAGAUGAACCAUGUGGAAGUCGAUCUGACCAAUCGAAUUCAAAAUUUAGCGUCGUUCAACUUGUUUUACUUUAAGCCCAUAACCGAGGAGCCUACGAGGUUGCCGUGCCGAGAAUUCUUUCUGGAGAUGAAUACGGUACGCACUGAACGCGUUUGUCAAAUGGCAAAGUUGUACGAAACAAUGAGUCUGAUUUUAAUGAAGUUGGAAAACCUUAUUUUGGAGACAAACACUGGAAAAUCAAAGUUGAUGACCAAUUACUACGCGUUUUGGGAGAACAAGAUUUACUCUUCCCUUACAAAAAUGACUCUUCAAAAUACACAAACAUUUAACGAACACAUUUUGAAGAAGACCAUUCUCUUCCAAGUGGAUGCCGUUCUAUCAGAACCCGAUGUAAUCUUGUUCCCCACUCCGACCGAAAUUUACAAUACAAUAUUGCGCAGCGUUAAAGAUUUUUUGACUAGGUUAAAAAGUUUCAAGCGCUGGAUGAAUGGCACAUGUCUCGUGUGUCCACCGCAGAAGAUGGACGGCAACGAGGAUCAUUUUGAAUUCACAUUUUACGACGACGUAAUGCAAGUGCCCCAAGUAAAUAACGUAAUUAGUGUGAUCCAAGAAACAGCAUAUAAAAGCAUCUUGAACGUACACAGAUACAUUCAGGGAUGGAAAAGGUUUAGAAACCUUUGGAACUUUGACAAGGAAAUUACGUGCUCGCGAUUCGUAUCCAAAAACCUAUCCCUCACAAUGUUCGACGAGAAGUUCACAUUUUACGCAUCCAUCAUCUCAGACUUGAGACAACGCAAAGGGUUCGACGACAUUGGUCCAAUACGAGUCAAUUUACUUCCACUAAUCGACGCGAUUUGUGAACAUUCGUGGCGUUGGAAAGUCACUCUGGGUCAGAAAUUGGCGGAGAUUACAAAAGAAAAAAUGUUGACCCUAAAAGCUACAAUAGCAGAAUUAAGACUAAUAGUAAAUCGAAAUAUCAAAGGUUUAGAAUUGUUUAAAGCCAUCAUGCAAGCAAUUGCUACAAUCCUGCGCAUGAACAUAUCAGCCGAAAUUGAGUAUCUCAUUUAUCAGGAGACGUACAGAGUUCUCAAACAACAUGAUCUACCUUACGAUACCGCCGAUGAAGAACUAGCCCAUUCACUGCAAGAGGAUUGGAAAUCGUUGUAUUUAUCGGCGAUUUAUCGAACGCAAACUCUCGAAACGACAAAGGAAAGGUUUGCGCAAAUUACUCUUACGGAAAUUCGGGAAUUUUGUAACAGUCUGGCAGAAUUUAUUAAACAGUUUGAUGCCGAGGGACCUGGCGCCGUGGGCGACGAUUUGGAUAAAGGCGUCCGGCUUAUGGAGGAGUACGGUAAAAUGUUUGAGGAAUUAGAAGCCCGUAGAAUUGAUUUAAUGACAGCCGAGAUGCUUUUCGACAUACCCCUAGCGGAUUAUUCAGACUUUCUGAGAACAAAGCAAGAUUUCGCGAACAUGGAGUUGGUUUACAAGAUCUAUAAGUUGCAAAAGCAGGGCAGGGAGGUUUGGGGUAGAACUCUAUGGGCGAACUUAAAUCCACAAGCUCUUGUUGACGGAAUUGAAGGUUUCAUAAAGGAUUUCCGGAAGCUUCCAAAGGCGGCUAGAACACAUCCGGUUGGGCUACAGCUGGAUUUGAAAAUGAAGCAGUUUAAAAACGUGGUGCCCCUCAUGGUCGCGUUGAAGAACGAAGCUUUAAGAGAGCGGCAUUGGAAACAGUUGAUGGUAAAAACUGGCCAAUUCUUUGAUAUGGCGCCUGACCGAUUUACGCUUGAUAAUAUGUUUGCCAUGCAAUUGCACAAAUACCAAGAUAUCGCGGAAGAGAUUAUCAAUAACGCUGUGAAGGAAUUAAGUAUUGAGAAAGGAGUGAGAGAUGUUGCCGAAAUAUGGGCAACGAUGGCAUUUAUCAUUAACAAGCAUACGAAAGGAACUGAGGAUCGAGGAUUUAUUUUGGGCCCCGUCGAUGAUAUAAUGGCGACACUUGAUGAUAAUUUGAUGAAUUUGCAGAGUAUGGCCGGUUCGCAGUUUAUCGGUCCUUUUUUGCCGAUAGUUCAGAAAUGGGAGAGAAGUUUGGCUAACGCCAGCGAAGUUAUAGAUGAGUGGCUUUCUGUGCAACGCAAAUGGAUGUACUUGGAAGGCAUAUUUGUGGGAGGUGACAUUAGGAUUCAGUUGCCCGACGAAGCGAGGAAAUUUGAUGAUAUUGAUAAGACAUUUCGUAGAAUCAUGGCUGAAGUAGCGAAAAAGCCGAUCGUACUAGAAACGUGCAGUGCCAGUGGGCGAUUGGUCGAAUUCCAAGGAUUAGGUCUUGGUUUGGAUAGAUGCCAAAAGUCCUUAAACGACUAUUUGGAUUCGAAGCGAAGACGGUUUCCACGAUUUUAUUUCAUUUCAACAGACGAGCUGCUGUCAAUUUUGGGCGGAAGUGAACCGGAUGUAGUGCAAGAUCAUAUGGUGAAAAUGUUUGACAAUAUUAAAUCUUUAAGAUUAGGAAGGGACAGCGAUGAUCGUGCAAUUGCCAGUGCGAUGAUCUCAACAGAGGGGGAAGUAAUGAAUUAUCGCUUCAAUGUCUUCACCGAAGGCAAGGUCGAAGAGUGGAUGAACGAUGUUUUAGGCGAAAUGCGCCGAUCAAACCGUUUCAUAACAAAGUCGGCAAUAUAUUACUAUGGAAAAAUACGUCGUCCGCGAACAGAAUGGAUGCUGGAUUACUUAGGAAUGGUUUGUCUGGUUGGAAAUCAAGUUUGGUGGACUGCUGAAGUGGAAAAUGUAUUUGCUAAAAUUAAAAAAGGCGAUAAACGCGCAAUGAAAGAGUACUUAGAGCAACUAAACAAGCAGCUUGAUGAGAUCGUACUAACAGUGAGGGGUUAUCUUACCUCUAAUGAAAGACUCAAAUUUAAAACCGUUGCAACGGUCGAGGUCCAUGCACGAGAUAUAGUUGAAGGGUUUGUUCGUGAUAGCGUUACGGAUGCACAAGAAUUCGAGUGGGAAAGUCAGUUACGUUUUUACUGGGUGAAUAAUUUGGACAAUCUCUGGGUCAGGCAGUGCACUGGCUCCUUCGAAUAUGGUUACGAAUAUAUGGGAUUAAACGGACGUCUUGUCAUUACCCCAUUAACCGAUAGAAUCUAUUUAACAAUUACACAAGCCCUAACAAUGCAUUUGGGAGCAGCACCUGCCGGUCCUGCUGGUACAGGGAAAACCGAAACGACGAAAGACCUAGCAAAAGCGAUGGCCUUAUUGUGCGUGGUAACAAAUUGUGGAGAGGGAAUGGAUUUUAAAGCAAUCGGUACAACACUGGCCGGAUUGGCACAGUGUGGAGCGUGGGGUUGCUUCGAUGAGUUUAACCGAAUUGACAUAUCAGUCUUAUCCGUAAUAUCUACCCAGUUACAAACUAUUCGCAGUGCACUCGUGAUGAAAGUAAAGAGAUUUAACUUUGAAGGUGUCGAGAUUGAUCUCGAUCGUAAAGUUGGCAUAUUCAUCACGAUGAAUCCGGGGUACGCCGGGCGAACUGAGCUACCGGAAUCUGUAAAGGCGCUAUUUCGACCGGUGGUUUGUAUUUUGCCUAACUUGGAAAUGAUUUGCUUGAUAUCGCUAUUCUCCGAUGGUUUCCUGGAAGCGAAGGUUUUAGCUAAAAAGAUGACAGUCUUGUAUAAACUGGCGCGUGAGCAAUUGUCGAAACAGUUCCACUACGAUUGGGGAUUAAGAGCAUUGAAUGCGGUGCUCCGCAUGGCUGGGGUGUUAAAAAGAGGUUCGCCCGAUAUUUCGGAAACCCUAGUUCUAAUGCGUGCCUUGAGAGACAUGAAUUACCCCAAAUUUGUGUUCGACGACGUCCCUCUAUUCUUGGGAUUGAUUCAAGACCUUUUCCCAGGAUUAGAUUGCCCACGAGUGGGCUAUCCCAGUUUUAAUUCGGCCGUUGAGAAAUAUUUACUCAGCAAGGGGUACAUGGUUUUGCCAAUACAAGUCGAUAAAGUUGUACAGCUGUACGAGACCAUGAUGACAAGGCAUUCGUCGAUGCUGGUUGGGCCCACUGGUGGGGGAAAAUCGGUUGUGAUUGAUACACUGUGCGGCGCGCAAGUGCUGUUAGGUUUACCCACUCGUGUAUCAGUCUUGAAUCCCAAAGCAUGCUCCGUCAUCGAACUGUACGGAAUUUUAGAUACCGUAACGCGAGACUGGACGGAUGGGUUGCUAUCGAAUAUAUUUAGGGAAAUGAAUAAGCCUACGGAAAAAGAUGAGCGUAGAUACAUUCUUUUCGAUGGCGACGUAGACGCGCUUUGGAUUGAAAAUAUGAAUUCCGUGAUGGAUGACAACAAACUGCUGACUUUGGCAAACGGCGAAAGAAUUAGACUGCAACAACCCACCUGCGCUCUUUUAUUUGAAGUAGGCGACUUAGCUUACGCGUCGCCUGCUACCGUCUCAAGAGCCGGCAUGGUAUACGUGGAUCCGAAAAAUUUAGGUUAUGAACCUUUCUGGGAUAAAUGGGUAAAAUCGCGAACCUACCAACCAGAGUUUGACGUAUUUCAAAAGUGCUUCGAGAAUUACAUUCCUAGUACCUUAGCGUAUGUCAUUUCCGGAGUACUGGGAACGCAGCAGGUUUCCCCUCUCAAAACAGUCAUACCACAAACCGGCUUGAAUAUGAUAACACAAUUGUGUUUCAUGAUCGAUUCGAUGUACCCUCAACCGAUUGAGGACGCACGCGACCCGGAAGAGGAAAUCGACGAGGGCCCAAUUGAAGCUAUCUUCUUGCAUGCUCUGUACAACUCUGUAGGAGCAUCACUAGUCGGAGUUGGAAGGCUGGAGUUUGACCAGUUUGUAAAGAAAAUAUGUUCAUUAUCAACCAUUGAAGACUCGUCGGAGAAACGAGCACAGAUGCGUCAACUUCCAACAGCUUACGAAACAAUGUACGACUAUUGCCUGGAUAUUAAAAACAAUCAGUGGGUUGCAUGGGAUUGGCUAGUUCCCGAAUACAUCCAUGACCGUGAAAGAAGGUUCACAGAAAUUUUGGUGCCUACCGUAGAUACCGUGAGGAUUACUUACGUUUUAAAACUUAUGAACGAGAUUCGUCGACCGGUAAUCCUAGUCGGGGAGACGGGCACAUCAAAAACGGCUAUCAUUCAAGAUUUCCUACGCCAAUUAAACCCCGAAGUUGUUGUGCUAAUGAAUAUUAACUUCUCCUCUCGUACUUCCUCCAUGGACGUACAGAAAAACAUCGAAUCGGUCGUAGAGAAACGAACGAAGGAUAUAUUUGGUCCACCAAUCGGGAAAAAGUUAUUAUGCUUCAUCGAUGACAUGAAUAUGCCACAAGUAGACGAUUACGGUACCCAACAACCAAUAGCCUUGCUGAAAUUGCUUUUCGAGAAAGGCGGAUUUUACGACCGUGGCAAAGAAUUAAAUUGGAAAACAAUAAAAGAUAUUAGCUACUUUGCCGCGAUGGGGAUAGCUGGAGGAGGUCGGAACGAAGUCGAUCCUCGCUUUAUUUCCAUGUUUACCGUGUUUAAUUUAGUUUUCCCAUCCGAUUCGACCCUUCUUCACAUAUAUUCAUCCAUAUUGGAAGGUCAUCUGGUUAUUUUCAACGAAGAAGUGCAAAUAUCGAAAAUACUUAUAACCAUAACCUUAAACUUGUACAACAUAAUCAUUACGGAGCUGCCGCCGACUCCGAGCAAAUUUCACUAUAUUUUUAACAUGCGAGACUUAUCUCGCAUAGUCUGUGGUCUUUGCAUAAUUGUCCCCAAAUUCUACGCCGAAAAGCAUCAAAUUGUCCGUGUAUGGCGAAACGAGUUCCAGAGGGUUAUCUGCGAUCGACUUAUCAACACUGAGGAUCAACAGUUGAUGCAGAAACAUAUAAUUACUCAGUUGGACAGAUUUUUCGCGAACCAAGAACCCGAUGGAGAUGAGGAAAAUGAAGAAAUGGAGGCCGAAGAAAAGGUCGAUAUACUUGAAUACGCGAUGAGGAACCCUCUACUAUUUGGUGACUACAGGAACGCUUUAAAUGAAGAGGAACAACGUUGUUACGAAGACUUGCUAGACUACGAAGCGGUCUAUUAUCUAAUGCAAGAGAUUAUGGACGAAUAUAACGAACGCAACGAAAAACUCAGUAUUGUGCUGUUCGAUGAUGCCUUGGAGCAUUUGACGCGCAUACAUCGCGGAUUACGCUUGAUAAAGGGCCACGUUAUGGUUGUUGGCGUGGGAGGAAGCGGUAAAGGGAGUUUAACAAGGUUGGCGGCCUUCACGGCUGGAUGCGAGAUGUUUGAGAUUUCCCUAUGUCGCGGAUACGGCGAGAUGAACUUUAAAGAAGAUUUAAAGAAGCUAUUCAACAUACUAGGAAUCGACCGUAAGAGUACAGUGUUUUUGUUUACUGCCGCACAAAUUGCGGAAGAGGGUUUUCUCGAGUUUAUAAAUAACAUUCUAAUGAUCGGGAUGGUACCCUCACUAUUCAGCGAUGAAGAUAAGGAUCAAAUUGUCGGUCAAUGCAGAAAUGCGGCAAGAGAUGCGGGUUAUGGAGUGGCUAAAGAUGGUGUUUGGAAUUACUUUCUAAAUAAGUGCAGUGACAAUCUCCAUGUAGUUCUAUCUAUGUCUCCGACCGGAGAAACACUCAGUAAAAGAUGUAGGAGCUUUCCGGGUCUCGUCAAUAAUACCUGCAUCGAUUGGUUGUUCCCUUGGCCUCCACAAGCAUUGGUGGCCGUAGCUUCCGUGUUUCUGAAAGAUAAUCCUAAAAUUCCUGUCAUGUACAGAGAGGUUAUUGUCGAACACGUGGUCUUCGUGCAUCAGACUGUAGGACAAUUCACAUCAGACUUCCUAGUCAAGUUGCGGAGGAAAAACUUUGUAACUCCAAAACAUUACCUGGAUUACAUAAAUACUUACCUGAGGCUACUGGAAGAAAAAAAUAACUACAUCACCUCCCAAUGCAAUCGCCUUUUGGGAGGAUUGGUGAAAAUUGAAGAAGCUAGUGGAGAAUUGGAAAUUCUUAACGCAAAGCUUGCUGUUCAAAAAGUAAUCGUAACCAAGGCAACUAAAGAAUGUGAGGCGAUGCUGGUUGAAAUAGAAGAAGGCACGAAUAAAGCAACGUAUAAAAAGGACGUGGCGUCAACCCGUAGCGUUGAAAUCGCCGAACAAUCGAAAAUAAUUGCCGUCGAACAAGCGGACGCGGAAGAGGCGUUAUCCGCAGCACUCCCCGCCUUGGAAAUGGCCAGACUCGCACUUGCCGAGCUCGAUAAGUCUGACAUUACUGAAAUUCGUUCAUUUGCAACACCUCCGGAAGCUGUCCAAAUAGUAUGCGAAUGCGUCGUGAUCAUCCGAGGUAUUAAGGAGGUGUCGUGGAAAAGUGCCAAAGGCAUGAUGUCCGAUCCAAGCUUUUUGAGGACAUUACAGGAAUUGAAUUGCGACGUCAUUACGCAAAACCAAGUGAAGGCAGUCAAGGCGCACCUAACUAAGUCGAAAAAAUUGGAUGACAUGCAAAACAUUAGUAAAGCAGGCUUCGGUUUGCUCAAAUUCGUGCAGGCAGUCUUAGGCUACUGCGCCGUAUUUAAAGAGGUUAAGCCAAAGAAAGAAAGAGUCGAACAAUUGCAGAGAGAAUUUGACGCGGCAAAGAAAAGUCUGGAAAAAUUACAGAAUGAAAUUGCCAAACUUGAGUCGGCCCUAGCGAAACUCAACGAGAAGUACGAAAUCGCGAUGAAGAGGCGUCAGGAGCUACAAGAAGAAACUGAUAUAAUGAUGAGGCGGCUAAAUGCUGCCGAUAGGUUGAUAUCGGGUCUAAGUUCCGAACAGGCACGAUGGACGAUAGAUUUGGCAAACUUGCACACUGGUCAAGAGCGGUUGCUGGGAAACUGUCUCUUAUGCGCUUCGUUUUUAAGUUAUACAGGACCGUUUAGUUUUGAGUUUCGAAAAGACAUGAUUUACGACGCCUGGCAAAGUGAUAUAGUAAACAAGGAAAUUCCGGUAACGACACCUUUUCGAAUAGAAGUCCAGUUAACCAACGACGUUGAAAUAAGCAAGUGGAACUCUGAAAACUUACCUCCAGAUGAGCUGUCCGUACAAAAUGGUAUACUUACCACGCAAGGAUCUCGCUUCCCCUUAUGCAUCGACCCUCAACAGCAAGCAUUAAAUUGGAUUAGGAAGAAGGAGGAGAAAUUUAAUCUGAAGAUACUCAGUUUCAACGAUUCUGAUUUUUUGAAGUAUGUUGACAUGGCAAUUAAGUAUGGAUCGUCGAUCUUGUUUCAAGAUGUCGACGAUUAUAUCGAUCCAGUUGUAGACAAUAUCUUAGAGAAGAACAUCAAAGUUGUAAGUGGUCGGGUGUUUGUUCUUCUCGGCGAUAAGGAGGUAGACUAUGAUCCCAAUUUUCGUAUGUACCUUACGACGAAACUGGCCAAUCCUACGUUUAAUCCGGCAGCUUACGCCAAAGCGGUCGUCAUAAAUUACAUGGUAACUUUGUCUGGUCUCGAAGAUCAGCUACUUAGCGUAGUUGUUCGUAAUGAACGAGCAGAUUUGGAAGAGCAACGAGAAAGUUUAAUUGCUGAAACGAGCGAAAAUAAAAAUUUGUUGCAGCAGUUGGAAGAUUCACUAUUGAGAGAGCUAUCUACUUCUACUGGAAAUAUGUUGGAUAACGUGGAGUUGAUAAACACUUUGGAAAACACAAAGACCAAAGCUUCGGAGGUAAUGAAUAAGUUGGCAUUAGCGCAGCAGACCGGUGUAGAUAUCGACCGUUUGCGUGAUGGAUAUCGUUCGGUUGCGAAACGAGGAGCGAUACUGUUCUUUGUAUUAUCGGACAUGGCUACAGUGAAUGCCAUGUACCAGUUUGCUUUGUCCUCCUACUUAGAAGUAUUCGCGUAUUCGUUAAGAAAAGCCUUACCACAUACAGUCGUUGCAAAGCGCCUUCUCAAUAUCAUUAAUAGUCUAACUAAGAAUGUGUACGAUUACGGAUGUACCGGCAUGUUUGAAAAGCACAAGCUUCUGUUUUCUUUUCAAAUGACAAGUAAAUUAGAGCUGAGUCACGGCAAUAUAACGCAACCGGAGCUAGAGUUUUUCAUUAAAGGAUGCGUAAGCCUGGAGAAAUCAUCAAAAGUGUGUCCUGCGAGAUGGAUGCCAGCUCAAGGUUGGGAGGAUAUGCUGAAAUUAUCUACAGAUUUCCCUAGCACGUUCGAGAAACUAAUAGAAGAGUUUGCAAAGUCGGUGGAUGAUUGGCAAGUUUGGUUUGAUGCAGACGCACCCGAAUCAAUCGAUUUUCCUAGUGGAUACAGUGAAAAGGCAAAUUGGUUUGAGUCCCUCAUGCUUUUAAGGUGCUUUAGAAUCGACCGAGUGUAUCGAGGCGUUACAAAUUACAUUGUGAACACAAUGGGAGAAGAGUACGUCAUGCCGCCGGUCAUAAGCUUAGACAACAUCUUCGAUCAAAGUAACACCAUGACACCGGUGGUAUUCAUUUUAAGUCCCGGAUCUGAUCCAACCGCGGAACUAAUGAAAUUAGCCGACCGUUGUGGAAUGGGCGGUGGAAAAUUUCGGUACCUCUCCUUGGGACAGGGGCAAGAACCUAUAGCGCUAGGUCUUUUGGAGGUCGCUACUGCGAGAGGACAAUGGCUUAUGCUUCAAAACUGCCACCUACUGAUUGCUUUCGUUAAGGGGUUGGAGAAGCAAUUAGAAAAGAUUAGCAAGCCACACCCCGAUUUCCGCCUAUGGCUAACAACGGAUCCAACGCCGUCCUUUCCUAUUGGAAUACUACAAAAAUCCUUAAAGGUCGUUAUUGAACCUCCAAAUGGAUUGAAACUGAACCUGCGCAACACGUACUUUAAGUUACGCCCGCAAACUUUAGAUGCAUGUCCACAUUCCGCAUUUAAAUCGCUGGUGUACGUCUUGGCGUUCUUCCAUGCUGUCGUUCAAGAGAGAAGAAAGUACGAUAAGAUUGGAUGGAAUAUCAGUUAUGAUUUUAACGAGUCCGACUUUAACGUAUGUGUUCAAAUCUUGGAGAUCUACCUAAAUAAAACCCUAACUUUGAAAGACACACGAAUGCCGUGGAACAGUUUGAAAUACCUAAUAGGAGAGGUGAUGUAUGGAGGUAGAGUUAUAGACGAUUUCGAUCGUCGAAUUGUCACAACAUACAUGAAUGAGUACAUGGGAGACUUUCUAUUCGACACUUUCCAGCCGUUCCAUUUCUAUCACGACAAAAACGUUGAUUAUGUUAUACCAACUGAUGGCAUCAAAGAUGAUUAUAUAGCGGCGAUCGACGAACUUCCCCUAGUCAAUAGUCCAGAAGUAUUUGGUUUGCAUCCAAAUGCGGAAAUUGGUUAUUACACUCAAGCUGUAAAAGAAAUGUGGGAGCAUCUGAUAGAGCUGCAACCACAAACAGGAGGUUCCGGGGAAGGUAUGAGCAGAGAAGAACACAUAAUGAACGUGGCUAAUGACAUACUCCAAAAAAUUCCACCCAUAUACGAGAUAUGGCGAGUGCGCAAGCAUUUUCAACUCGUUAUGACUCCGACGAUAAUAGUUCUCUUGCAAGAACUCGAGAGAUACAACAAAUUAUUGUCAGUGAUGAAGCGUAACUUGCAACAGUUAAAGAAGGCGCUUGUCGGCGAAAUUGGUAUGGACGCCGUCUUAGAUAACGUCGCGAUAUCUUUAUAUAACGGACAGUUGCCAGCAUCGUGGAGAAAAUUGGCACCGGCUACACGUAAAAAUUUGGGCGGAUGGAUGCAACACUUUCAGGCGAGGCAUUCGCAAUACUCAUUUUGGGCCGCGCAGGGUGAUCCAAUGGUGCUAUGGUUGUCGGGUUUGCACAUUCCUGAAACCUACCUGGCCGCGUUAGUCCAAAUAGCGUGUCGUAAGAACAAUUGGCCUUUAGACCGAUCAACAAUAUACACCACCGUAACAAGUUAUUUAAGUCCCAUGGAUGUUGAAGAACGUCCCGAAACGGGCACCUGCUUUAUUCACGGGCUAUACUUAGAAGGUGCGCGCUGGGAUGUAAAGAGGAAAUUUCUUCAAAAAUCCAUACCGAAGAUUCUGAUCGAGGAACUACCGAUUUUAAAUGUCAUACCGAUUGAAUCCUAUCGGUUAAAAUUGCAAAAUACAUUGCGAACGCCUGUGUAUACGACAUCCGCUCGACGUAACGCUAUGGGCGUCGGGCUUGUUUUCGAGGCAGAUUUGGGUACCCCUGAACAUAUAAGCCAUUGGGUGCUACAAGGAGUAUGUUUAGUUUUAAAUACGGAUUAAUAAUGCUUUAGAUUUAGUUUAAAUAGAAUGUUUAUUUUAAUACGAAAUAUUUGGAUUGAGUUGUGUAUUAUAGUAUUUGGGAUUUCC